UACAGCCUGUACCAACCCCGGUUCUGCCCUCCUCUUUCCGUUCAGAUGUGCUUUGCAAGCUCAAAGCCCCGUCCUGGGACGCCCCGCAGCAGACAGGACGAACAAAUUUCUAUCUGACUUCUGCUCUCCGCGGCGCGAGAGCAAACCGCGCCAAACUCAAGGAGGCCAGCCAAACGAGAGAGAGAGAGAGGCCUGCCCCGCGUCUUACUGCCCCAUUGGGCGGCUGCGCCACGGAAAGCGGUGGCGGCGGGCGGCGGCGUCUCACGUAGCUAAGAUGGCCGCCCCUCUUGAGCGGGCGGCGGCGGCGGCGGUACUUGGAAUGGGUUUGGCGUUACGGAGGGAUCGCUGAAGUGGCUGAGAGCUGCGGGGAUCCCUUCCUUAGUGUUGUCCGUUGGGCUGCGGCUGGGGAUAGACGCACCAUGCGGCGGAGCUAGAGCCGGAGUCUUCCACCACGAGUAAUGAUGUUAGCUGAGACCAAUCUUUCCAUAUGGGGAUGGGGAAGCCUUGUUGUUCUGCUUUUUCUAAUUACAUUCGGACCAUUUGCUAUAUUUUACUUCGCAUUUUAUAUCCUCUGCUCUGUGGGUGGGGGCUUUGUGGUAACACUCUUGUUUGGAAAAACUAAUUCUGAGAAGUACCUCGAACAGUGUGAACACUCCUUUCUUCCUCCAAUCUCAUUUGGCAUUAAUAAGUGCAUAGAAGAAAUGAAAGAAGAAAGCAAACCUAUUAAGAUUGAUAGGAGGUUAACUGGUGCCUAUAUAAUUGAUGAACCUCUGCAGCAAAUCAUUCAAUUUUCCUUGCGUGACUAUGUCCAGUAUUGGUAUUAUACACUAAGUGAUGAUGAAUCUUUUCUUCUUGAAAUCAGGCAGACUCUCCAAAAUGCACUAAUUCAGUUUUCUUCUAGGACAAAAGAAAUAGAUUGGCAACCUUAUUUUACUACGCGAAUUGUAGAUGACUUUACUACUCAUCUUAGAGUAUUCAGAAAAGCUCAGCAAAGAAUAUCUGAAAGAGAUGAACAAAUUAAAGAUGGAGCAGAAGAUCUUGUAGAUACAUUUUUUGAAGUUGAAGUUGAAAUGGAAGAGACCAUCUGUCGUGAUCUGGUCUGCACAUCUCCCAAAGAUGAAGAAGGAUUCCUAAGGGAUCUGUGUGAAGUUUUACUGUAUUUAUUGCUACCUCCCGGGGACUUCCAGAACAAGAUCAUGAGAUAUUUUGUCAGGGAAAUCCUUUCUCAAGGAAUUCUUCUUCCAUUAAUAAAUCAGCUCAGUGAUCCUGAUUAUAUUAAUCAGCAUUUCAUAUGGAUGAUUCGUGAUUCAAUUUGCAAUUAUGAGGCCUUUAUGAACAUUGUUAAAGUAAGUGAUAAAAUAGGAGAGUUAGAAGCAGUAAGAGACAAAGCCACAGAAGAACUGCAGUAUCUUCGUUCUUUGGAUACAGCUGGAGAUGAUAUUAACCAUAUAAAAAAUCAGAUAAAUAGCUUACUAUUUGUUAAGAAAGUAUGUGAUUCAAGAAUACUGAGGCUACAGUCAGGAAAAGAAAUAGAUACUGUGAAACUGGCUGCAAAUUUUGGAAAACUUUGCACAGUCCCUCUGGACAACAUUCUAGUAAACAAUGUUGCACUACAGUUUUUUAUGGAUUACAUGCAGCAGAUGGGAGGUCAAGCACAUCUUUUUUUCUGGAUAACAGUAGAAGGAUACAGGGUUACAGCUCAGAAACAGCUGGAAGUAUUGCUGAACCAUCAGAAGGAUGGAAUGCAUCAAACAACACAAACCAAAGGUCUAUUAAGAACAGCUGCAGUUGGAAUAUAUGAUCAGUAUUUAUCAGAAAAGGCUUCUCCAAGAAUUAAUAUCGAUGAUCCAUUGGUAGCAAAGCUGGAAGAAAAGUUGAAUAAUGAGGACCCAACUCCUGAAAUUUUUGAUCAGAUUCAAAGAAAGGUAUAUGAAUUGAUGCUGCAAGACGAAAGGUUCUAUCCUUCAUUCAAGCAGCAUACACUUUAUGUACGAAUGCUUGCUGAGCUAGAUAUGCUAAAGGAUCCUAGUUUCAGAGGAUCAGAUGAUGGUGAAGGGGAAUCAUUUAAUGGAUCCCCUACAGGCAGCAUUAAUUUGUCACUGGAUGAUCUUUCAAAUGUGUCUGCUGAUGAGUUGAUACAGCUACAUGCAUGCAUUUCAGAUACUGUCUAUGCUGAUUAUGACCCAUAUGCUAUGGCAGGAGUUUGUAAUGACCAUGGGAGGACAUAUGCAUUAUAUACUAUAACUGUUCAACGUCGAACUGUGACUGCUAAUGAUGAAUGGAAAACAUAUCGCCGCUACAGUGAUUUCCAUGACUUCCAUAUGAGAAUUACUGAACAGUUUGAAAACCUAGGAAAUUUAUUGAAGCUUCCUGGUAAAAAAACAUUCAACAAUAUGGAUAGAGAUUUCUUAGAAAAAAGGAAAAAAGAUUUAAAUUCAUACUUACAGCUUUUGUUAACACCCGAAGUGAUGAAAGCUUAUCCGACUUUAGCACACUAUGUGUAUGAUUUCUUGGAAAACAAGGCAUACAAUAAAGAGAAAGGAGAUUUUGCUCGGAAGGUGGACACAUUUGUAAAUCCACUGCGUAACUCUAUGAGAAAUGUUUCAAAUGCUGUCAAGUCCAUCCCUGACAGCUUCACAGAGGGGAUGACAAAAAUGUCAGACAACAUGGGCAAAAUAUCAGAAAGAUUGGGACAAGAUAUAAAGCAAUCAUUUUUCAAGGAACCUCCUUUAAUGCAGAAGACAUAUGUUGAUCCUAAACAUUGUCGAGUUGCAGCACAUCUAGAUGAUAAUGUAGAAGACAAUGUACCUCUUAAAAUAAUGCUGCUACUCAUGGAUGAAAUAUUCGAUCUGAAGGAGAGAAAUCAGUGGCUACGACGGAAUAUCAAAAAUUUGCUUCAGCAGCUUAUUAGAGCAAUGCAUGGAUAUACAAUAAAUAAAAAAAUAGUUGAUCAUGUUGAUUGGAUGACAUCUCCUGAACAAGUAGCAGAUGCAGUUAAACGGUUUAGAGAUGCCUUUUGGCCAAAUGGCAUUUUAGCUGAAACUGUUCCACACAGAGAUCAUUCAAUCAGAAUGCGAACACGAAUUGCUGCAAAAACAAAACUGCUGGGAGUAAUGCCUGAUGAGUUGAAGCAUAUCCUUGGUGCUGAGACAACAAGAAAAGGCAUUCUCCGAGUCUUUGAAAUGUUCCAGCAUACUCAGCUAAAUAAGAGAAUGGUAUAUGUUUUCCUGGAAGGCUUCUUGGAAACUUUAUUUUCAGAGUAUGGAUUCCAUGAUCUCUUCAAAAAAUUGCAUUCACGUUCAAAACAGAUGCAGGUAUAUAAACAUAAACUACAAUCUACACAAUCAUCUUAUUUACAGAAAAGGUGACACUCUCUACUGUAAUUUGCCCAAAACCUGGGCAUGUUCUCUGGGGUUUAAAACUCAUACUGUUAUUCUCACACCAAUCUUUUAGAAUCGUAUAUUAGAUCAUUAAUACAUACAUAAGAAUUGUGGUUGUUCUCAUUUUUCAUCACUAAUGCAACCACUAUCAUGAUUUGGAUUCAUGUGUUUUAAAUGAUUUGGUGUAUCUUUGUGUAACAUUGAGAAGACUACUAGUCUGCUGUGAAAAUCACUGUCUCUUCCGAAUCUUAUAGAUUGUAAUUGCGAACAAUAAAAAAUUCUAUGUUGGGUCCAUUGAUUAAAGUAAAGCACAACUUCUAGGAUGGAAAUAGAGGACUUGACUGCUUUGCUUGGAACUAGGAGAUUGUGCAAUGUGAGAAUCAAGUGUGAUUUGAUUUGUAUUAUGAGUGUCUCUUAGCUCUGCAGAAGUUGGACUAGCAUGAUAAGAAGUCUAGUGACAAAUGGUUGUAAAAAAAUCUAUGCUUUCCAAUUAUUUUUCCAAAUUAAGUUUAAUAUGUGGAAAACCUUUAUGAACUUAAGAAACACUUAGUUCAAGUUUUACUAGACAGUGGAAUAGGGUAGGAAAAAAAACCAUAGGUUUAAGGGUCUUGAUAUAUUCUUCAAAUUACUUCUUUCAGGGGUACAUAUAACUUUUAAAUGAAAAGGCUCAAAACAAUAUUUAAAAUUAAACCAAGAGUUAGUACAUUUAUUUCUUUGUUAGUAAUCUGGGAGAUUGGGAAAGAAGCAAAGUACUAUGCUCUUGACAUUAGGAUCUUCUUUUUAAAAAAUAAUAAUCCUAUUUGACCUUAAAGAAAUCACUCUGAUACAUUCACCUCAGCUGGUAAAACACUAAAAUGAAUUGUUACUGAUUAUUGUUACUGAUGUGAAAGUCUUGCAGACUUGCUUUUAAUGUUUUUGCAUAAUAUAAAUUUUAAAAAAUAUUUUCUACAUGGAAUGUCCUAUCUGUUUUCUUUAUUUCCAGCAUAAUGUCUAAUUAUGAAUGAAGUAAUAAUCGUUUGGACUUGAAUUUACAUUUUUGUUUCCUAAUUUUUCUUCAAGAAUCCCUGACACCACCAAAAAGUACAGUUUAUUUGUUUCAAUUUCAAAAUAAUAUAUUAUGUAGUCUAUUUAAAAAGAUUUUUAAAUCCCUAAGAAUAGCCAAACUACAAUAUGUACUAUUAAUAUACUAUUCUUAUAUUGAACCUUUUCAUUAAGAACAUAUGGUUCAUUAACAUGAUUUCUUUUGAAGAAAUGUUUGACUUUUGAGUGUAAAUACUAUUGUAUUUGCAAAGAUCUUGUAACUGAAGUUACUAUUUACAUUCAGGAGAAAAUAAUCUGCAGCUUCAAAAUAAAUGAAAAGUGAGCAGCAUUGCUUUAAGUUUUUACAUGUUUCAUUUAAUUUCAUUUCAUUUAUUGAAUUUCUAGGCCGCCCAAUCCCAAAGGACUCCGGGCAGUUUACAGAAAUGAAAAAUUAAAAUUAUUAAAAAUUAUUAAAAAUUUCAUUAUGUUCAUUAUAAGAAGCAUGUGCUAAAUCGCAAUUGUGGCUUUUAAAAAAUAUAUCAUUACAGAUCUAUAUACUAUAUGUGUAAGUAUCUUUUAGUGGUACCAGGAUAGUUUAAAAUAAAAUACAUGAAAUAUCAUUUCCUGUCUAUCAUGCCCCAUGCUUCUAAAUAUAGAUAACUGUUGACCUUUAAUAAAUUUCUGGUUUUUGAUUUUUUUUUCUUUUUCCCAUUUCUUAAUGAAAAGUUAAAAAUAGUUUGGCUGUACAAAUAAUAAUGAGAUUUAGAUAUAUAAAUGUUUCUAUUUAAAAAAAACACAAAAUUAUUUUACAUAGAAAAAUAGGACCCCAGUCCAUGGUCCUAGCAUUCUGGUGUUCUUUGCAUUUUAACUGAAGGAAUAUUGGAUCCUUUGAAUUACCCCUGCAGUGUAAACUUUCAUCCUCUCAACAGGUAUAUUUGACCUCUAAAUGUCCUUGUAUUCCAGGCAGUUGAUUUUUAAAGUGUGGGCAACCAGAAUCUACAUAGACCAUCAGACAAAGGAAGCCCAAUGAGAGACAAAUUAGAACUAUCCUUCGAUUUCUUACUUGAACUUGAAAUAAUUCUUGUAGAUUUUCUCAGAUCUAAAAUACAAAUGGACAAAUCUCAGUCAGUAAAAUAGAAUGUAUCUCUUAUCCAUGAAUAUCAUCUGUAGGUUUUAGGAUUAUUCUCAGUAGUUAACUUUAGAAAUUUAUU